AUGGCAACCCCUGUGGCGGAGCAGCAAGGUCCGCCUUCGACGGCGCCGAGACUCGCCGACGUCUUCCGCGCUCGCGAAGCCUGCUUUAAGGGGCUCGUCCAGCAGAAGAACAAGGAGGCCGAAACACUGCGGCGCCAACUCAUUGAGUCGAACAUGGAAGUCGAGCGCUUGAAGAUCCAGGUUCUCGCUCACGAGCGCGCGCUCGCAGAAGCUCGAAGUGCUCGCCGCGACGAGACCGAGGCCAUGGUCGAGCUCGACGACGACCACGGACUUGAAGCGCCCUCGCCGACUCCAAGCGACCGUGACGAUCGUUGUGAUGGCAUAGCUGACGAAGCGCUUCGCUACGACCCUCAUGAAGUCCAGAUGGAGCGCGAGGACGAGCAAGCUGCACCUGCGCACGAUGCACUUACGACCCCUCGCCACGACGACAUCAGCGACGAAGAGGCGUACGAGCAAGGUUUCGCGCCCAUGGAAAGCGGCGAUGAUGCGUCCAGCGACAACGGCGACUUUGAGUUUGGCGCUCCCGAGCUUCUUCCGUUGCAGGAGCAAGGUCUGUUUGCGUCCUCUGCGAGCAUCAACAGCUCAAGCGUCAUCAUUCCUGUCCGGCGCGUGCUGUAUCGACACGAGCUGCGCAAUGCGCAGGUGUCGCCGCCCCACCGCCCGCCGACCCAGCCCACGGCUCGUACGCCACAGCGCGAGGCGCCUCCUGCUGAAGGGCAGCCGCGUGCGCAGCGGCCCCGCACAGAACUGAUUGGCAUUCCGCAACCCGAGUUUGCCCUUCUCAGCGCCGAGCAGCGCCGAGCCGCCCGAGCGUUCAGCCACUUGACGCGCGAUCCGACGAUUUCAACAAACGUCGCGGCCACGCUUUUGGCGCCGAUCCGUCGGCGCAGCCAAGGACCAGUGGUCCACGCGCUGCCGUUGCCGCCGCUGCGCAGAAAAAAAGUGCCAGGUGCACCGACGCGCCGCGUCCUGAGCGAAGACGACACGAACCAGCGCCGCUUGCUACGACUGCAGUUCUACCGCAACAAGGAGAUGGUCGACGCAUUUGAAGCCUACAAGCGCCAGGAGCUCAUGACAGCGCGUCGGAUCUCGCCACAGCACCUUGGGGCAACGCGCGAGAAAUUUGCGGACGACUUUCCGGCCGUGACCGACUUUAUGUGGCAAUUUAUGGCGUCGCAGACGUGGCCGCAACACACGGCGUUGCAACUCGAGUGCUCCAUUUGCACGGAAGUCUACAGCGCCGGCGAGACCGUCGCGACGCUGCCGUGCGCGCACCUAUUCCACGACGACUGCAUCAAGCCGUGGUUUGCCGAACACGACAAGUGCCCGCAGUGCAAGACGCUCAUCGUGCCAACGCGCGGAACCCUCGGCAAGCGCCCAUGAGUCGCACGCUUCGACGUUGCGUGCCACGAUGUUGUACGAAGUCGAGCCAACGAUUUUCUAGUGGAUCAAUACAAACACGUCUUGUCUCUCUA